UUAGUAAGCAGGCCUUUCGCAGAGACAUUCUCUAACCAAAAUCUACAUUUUAAAAUUUAAAAACCUUUUGAUCUUAACAAAAUUAUUUUGUAAGUAAAAAAAGAAAUUCCCAAAAAUGCCUAAGCCCAGCAGGAAGAUUACUUUGAAGCCCAAAAUCAUACGGAAAAAGAAAAACACCUUUCCGAAAAAAGUUAACAAAAUUGAACCGCAGAAGCAGAGCGUCUUGAAGAACCUCUUCGUGAGCCAAAGGUCUGGCAACCAGAAGAGAUCCCCCGCCUCUCGACGCAGCCCCCCAAGUCAACAGGUCUGGCGCCGUACAGUCUACCGGAAUAAGCCCAAACCCAAGCCCAAGGACAAGCUGCCCAGGCUCUUUCGUCUGGAUGAUCAGACCGGGCUGCCGGUGGACUACGAGCAGACCGUGGAGCGUGUGAUGCACUAUGUAAAUCCUCACCUGGCCAGUCGUCCCAAUACCGAGCAGGUGAUGGAGGAGCUGCUGACCGGCAUGUUUAUGGAGGUGGUGCGCCAGAGCAGCCCGGAUCCAAGGUGCUGCCGGGAUGAAAAGGCUCUGGGAUGCAUGUGCUGUAGAGAUCACCAGACCAAACGGUAUCUCCAGAGCUUGCUGAAGGCACAUCCCUGCCGCUGGAAUCAAUUCUCCAACAAAGAUGAAAGCGUGGAGCCUUUAAAGCAAAGCAAGCUGAAGGCGAACAAGGAUCUCAGUGACUUUCACAGUGCAUGCAAACGGGGACCCCGCCCAAUCAGCUUCAAUCUGGGUCCCACCCAAGCGAGCAAGUUCAACUUUAAUCAGCUGAGGAUCAAGAGUCAGUAGAAUUACCAAUUUUGAUCCAAAGUUCCCCUGAAACAGGGGUGUAUUUGUAAUUUUAAAUAGGAAAAUACAUUUUAAAUUCAACUUCCAA